UAUUAAGAGUAUAAACAACCUCUGAAUAUUUAUUUUUUACAUAGGGAACCUCUUUAAUUAUCACCCAAAGUGUUUAAAAUAUUGAAAUGGCCAAUUCUUUCGUCGGCGGUAAUCGUUCCACUGGAAGGAGACACCAGUCUGUGUAUUUAAUUUUUUCUGUCAUUCACAAUUGUAGAUUAAAAAUCAAAGCGUUAAGCACACAAUGGCAUCCCUAGCCCACCUCAAAUUCAAUAUCAUAGCACUCAGUAAAGAGGGUCGAUUGAAGGAGGCUCUGCAGAUUUUGCUUACUACACACAAUCCUUGUGUAGACUCUUCUAUAUAUCUUCAUCUAUUGCAGAUCUGUAUUGCCAAAAAUGCUCUUCCAGAGGGUAAACAAAUCCACUCUCUUAUCAAUGGUAGCCAAUUUAAACCUGCCAAGUAUGCAUUUUUACAGAAUAAACUUAUCAACAUGUAUGACAAGUGCGGAAGUGUGGAAGACGCUCGCAAUGUAUUCAACAAAAUGGAACAACCAAACAAAUUUUCAUGGAAUAUGAUAAUUGCGUCUCACAGAAGUCAUGGAUUUCCUCAAGAAGCUAUCAAUUUGUUUUACCAAAUGCAACGAACAGCUGUCCAUCCAGAUCAAUUCACUUUCUCCACCAUUCUUUCUGUGUGUGCUGACAUGGCAUCACUAAAACAUGGUUCCCAGAUCCAUGGGAAGGUUAUUAGAUGUAGAUUUCAAUCCGACAUUAUUGUGGUUAAUUCAUUGAUUGAUAUGCAUUUAAAAUGUGGAAGUGUAGUGAAGGCGCGCGAACUGUUUGACAAAAUGCCCCAGCGAGAUACAGUCUCCUGGAAUGUAAUUAUGACAGGAUAUGCUCAAAAUGGCCGCCUUGAUGAGGCUUCAAGACUUUUCAAAGAAAUGCCUCAACGAAAUGUGGCUUCAUGGAAUGGCCUUAUCACAGGAUAUGCAAAGGACGGCCUCCUGCACGAGGCUUUGAGGCUUUUACGAGAAAUACCUCAACCUAAUGUGGUCUCAUGGAAUGCUGUUAUUGUAGGGUAUGCACGAAGCGGACCUGCUGAGAAAGCCUUGGAGAUGAUUAGGGAAAUGCAAUUGGCAGGUUUGAAUUCAGAUUCAACAACCUUUAUCAGCAUUCUCCCUGCGUGUGCUAAACUUGGAGCUUUGGAACAGGGCAUGGAAGUCCAUCGAAAAAUAAUUGAAAAUGGGUUUUUAUCGGAUGCAGUUGCGACUGCCAUGAUAGACAUGUAUGCAAAAUGUGGUAAUAUACAGAAGGCGCAUGCAUUGUUUGACAAAAUGAAACAUCCAGAUGUGACCUCAUGGACUGCAAUCAUCUCUGGAUAUGCAAUGGAUGGCUCUAGCAAGGAUGCUCUUAAACUGUUUGAACUAAUGAGGCACUCUGGAACCAACCCUGACGAUGUAAGUUUCCUUUGUGUUUUAUUUGCGUGCAGCCAUUCAGGUCUAGUGGACGAGGGUUGUACAUACUUCAAUAGCAUGACCGAUUCUUAUUGCAUUAUGCCUGCAUUGGAUCAUUAUACAUGCAUGAUUGACCUUCUUUCCCGUGCUGGAUAUCUUGAAGAAGCCCUUAACUUUGUCAUCAAAAUGCCAAUAAAACCGGAUUUGGUUGUGUGGAUGUCUUUGCUUGGCGCUUGUAGGUCACAUAAGAAUAUAGGGUUCGGGGAAUUUGUGGCAACAAUCCUCAUUGACUUGGAGCCUCAAACUUCUGCACCAUUUGUUCUUCUGUCAAACAUUUAUGCUGAAGUAGGUAGGUGGGGUGACGUUCGAAAGGUAAGGAAUUUGAUGAAAGCUAGAGGAAUUAGAAAGAUUCCUGGAUGUAGUUGGACUGAAGCUCAGAAAUUGGUACAUGUUUAAUGUUUAGAAAUUAGAUCACCUCUCGAACAGAGGAGAUCUAUGCAAAUACAACUGUCUCUGGAGAUAAAGGUAGCAGGGUAUAUUCCAGGUACAAUAUGAAGGAGACUAAAUUGCUCUUCUGCCUCUGCAAUGAAACAACUAUUAAAGUUUUCAGGAACCUUUGAUUAUGUGGCGACUGUCAAACUGCAACCAAGUAUAUCUCAAAGAUCGUUGCAAGAGAAACUGGAGUGAAAGGUACAAAUCAUUCCCACUAUUUCAGAAAUGAAAAAUCCUGUUGUGGAGAUUCUGGGUGGUGCUAAGUAAGGAUUCUGUAAAUGCAGUUUUGCAUUAUAACAAGUUGCAUCAUGUAGAUUUCUACUGAAAAAAACUGUACAACUCUGAAUUGAAAACUGGAGGAGGUGGAAGAAUGUGAAACACAAAAGGAGAGGAAUGUCAGAAGGAAAUAGAAAGCUGCUCAGCCAGCAGGAAAUGUAAGAGAAGGGCUUAGAAUCGAGCCAGCUUGAAGAAGAUGAGGGGAGCAUCUCUUCAUGUUGUCAACUUCAUUUCUUCGGUGCUUUUAUGCAUUAUGUUGUCAUUGAAUACCAAGGGCAUUUUGCAUCUCAUUGAGCCAUCUCCUUGUCAGAUGGUUGUUCAACUCUGGCUACUGGAAUUGCGUGGUGGAGAAAAUCUCUUACACAGCCUUUUGGAUUUUCAAAGAUACGUUUUCUCGUUUAUCGGAGUGUUAUUUGUCACCUAGCCAGAGUUAUAGAUAAAUGGGCAAGCUUAAAAUGCCCAUUUCUUUUCUUAUAGAGCUUA